ACAUUUUGACGUAAAAUGUUACAAGUUUUGGUAAUUUUUGUCUUUGCUUAUCGCUACGUAAUACUCGUUCGAGGGGAAUAUUACGAACGCUGUCCACCUAAUGAAGAAUUCUCACCAGACCCGAUAUGUCCACCUGACACCUGUUCCUCGAUGACUAAAGAGUACGACUGUUGCAACGCCACGUCAUUGUCAUAUAAAACUGGAUGUAGAUGCAAAAGUGGCUACUACAGAUUGAAGAAGAAUGGUCCAUGUGUUCCUGCUUCAAACUGUUGCUCUGAAAAUGAGGUAUAUUCUCCGGACCCCAUUUGUCCACCUGACACCUGUUCUUCCAUCUCCGCAAGUUAUUACUGUGAUAGUCCAGUAUCACCUUACAAACCUGGAUGUCAAUGCAAAAGUGGUUACUUGAGAUUGGAGAAGAAUAGUCCAUGUGUUUCUGCUUGUAACUGUCCUCAAAAUUCCAACUAUUGUCCUGAGAAUGAGGAAUGUGUUCUCGCGCCGUUUUGUCCUCCAGAUACUUGUUUUUCUCUCUCUGCUAGGUUCGACUGUCGCAAUGUAACCGUAAAUGAUAUUGGAUGCAAAUGUAAAAGUGGUUACUUGAGAAGAACAGAAAAUUCACCAUGUACGCCAAUUGAAGCUUGUUUUAAGAAAAUUUGAAUUAAAAUCAAAUUGAUUUCAAUACGAAUUUUUACAUGUACCUAUCCAUUGUAAGUAAUUUUUUUUAACAAGUUGUUUAUUCUAUCUUAGAAAAUGAACAGAG